AUUCAAUGCCGCCAAAUGUGCGUCGCUGGACCUCAACUGCCGUGGUGGAAGGAGGCGAGUGGAGGCCGAUCCCCUUACCAUCCAGGGGGGGCGAUGAGGACCAUGGAGGAGGGCCAGUUCUAUGUCCACCUGGGCAUCCCGACUGGGUUCCGUGUGGACACUAAACCGAGCGAGACCUUGGAGAGGAUGGCGGAGCAGCUGGAAGCGAUCAACUCUUCCCUCCUGGCUCCGUGGCAGAAGUUGAACGCGGUCACCACUUUUAUUCUGCCGCAGAUCCACUUCAUCCUCAGGGGUUCCUAUGUCCAUAAGGGGGUUCUCAAGGUGUUGGGCUUGAGAAUAAAGAAGCUGGCCAAACAAUGGCUGAAUAUCCCCCAGAGAGCCAGUCCCGGGAUAAUGCCGCUGCAGGAUCUGGUAGUGGUCGCUACCAUCGUCCAGGCUUACCGCAUGUUGACGGCCGGUGAUGUGUUGGUGCGCCGGAUUGCCGAGGGCCAACUGAGGUGCGUGGUGGCGAGGAAGAUUGGGAGGGCGAACCCUACGGACGACGAGGUGGCGGAGUACCUAUCCGGCUCUCUGGAAAGGGACUUCGCCAGGGAUGGGGAUGACAUUCGGUCACUCUGGAGCAGGGCGCGGACUGCCACCCGCCGACUGAACAUCGACCACCGGGUCGUUUGGAGGCACGACGCGGUUCGCGGGGAGCUCAACAUCCACACGGAGGGAAGGAGCCGGACCAUCAUCUCGCCGACAUCGCGACGUCUCCUGGAGGGGACGCUCAAGGCGGCGUUGCGGCGUGACUACGCCGACCGUCUGAAGGCCAAGCCGGACCAAGGAAAGGUUUUCCGCGCCAGCUCGCUGUGGUUGUCUAGCUGCCACUUUGUCAGGACGGGAUUUGCCACCUGGUUCUGUGACUGGCGGUUCAUCCACAGGGUCAGGCUGAACUGCGUCCUCCUCAACGCGACCCGGAGGUUUCGUUCAUGACCGACUCGUCAAAGCCAUCCCGAUGCGCGGUGGAUACAUCAGCGUCAGGGUGAACCAGCGACUAACCAUUGUGCAGUGCAACAUUGUUAUUAUAAACCAUCAGUAUUAUUUUGAUAUGUACUUAACUAAUGUAAUUAAUAAAAACACACACUCAUUAAGAAAAAUCCUAGAAGACGAUGGUAGAAGAGGUGCCUUAAACAUACACAAUAUUGGUUUGAUUGUCGAAUCUGUGAGAUGAUGCCACGCCGACCUUAGCAAGCACAUGAGGAGCGAGUGCCCUGUUCUUCGUGUGCGGAGACCGUUCCGGCACCAUAAAAAAAGUGAAAGCGCAUCAAAAAGCAGCAGACAGCACUGCGGAGCUGGGAGAGUAUUUACAGGACCUAGACGAUGACCAAAGAGGUUCAACAUAGUAUAUCGAGUACCCCUUCGGGCAAUAUUGGUUUGAUUGUAGAGUCUGUGAGAUGAUGCCACGCCGACCUUAGCAAGCACAAGAGGAGCGAGUGCCCUGUUCUUCGUGUGCGGAGACCGUUCCGGCACCAUAAAAAAAGUGAAGGCGCAUCAAAAAGCACCGCGGAGCUGGGAGAGUAUUUACAGGACCUAGACGAUGACCGAAGAGGUUCAACAUAGGAAAUCGAGUACCCCUUCGGGCAAUAUUGGUUUGAUUGUCGAGUCUGUGAGAUGAUGACACGCCGACCUUAGCAAGCACACGAUGAGCGGUGCCCUGUUCUUCGUGUGCGGAGACCAUUCCGGCACCAUAAAAAAAAGUGAAAGCGCACCAAAAAGCAGCACACACCACCGCGGAGCUGGGAGAGUAUUUACAGGACCCAGCAGAGCAUGGACGAUCGCCGCCCCAGAGAAUCAUCCGAAGACGACUCCAAUACCUUCUCCGCGGGCUUCAUCACAAUCCGGGCGCGAUGUGUCACAUUGAUGGGGGGCGUCCUCCAUCGACAUUUUUCAGACGUGAUGACACUUAAGCCGCCGCCCACUACCCGCCACAACGUGGAGCUGCCGCGUUAUGCGGCAUUACAUCGGUUCCUCUGCCAGCUGAGGUCGUCACCAGGCCCCGGGUAUAGAUCAGACCCAGGCUGCACGGUGAUUACCUUGGAGGAUUUAAUCAAGAAUUGAAAAAUGAACGCAGCUGUCGUCCAUCGGAGGCAGGUAUGUCCCACUGAUGACGAAGUUGAUGAUGUCCGACAUCAGGGACAUUAACGUCGAGCACGUCAGUCGCCGACAAUAUUAAUUUGAACGGUAUUUUUGUUAACUGUGACAUAUUUUUGUUAAUCUCUUAAAAAUAUUGGCGUACAAUAAUUGUGCAAAAAAAAAUGAAAGAAUGUUCUGACACCUCAUCAGGCUAACCACUAGUCGACUCAUUAUUAGAGCACACUAAAUCCAUUAUAUCUCUGUGCCAACCUCCAUGACCAUGACGCAAAUAAAAACGAGCAAUGGAUAAAGAACUUAACAGAAGUACCUUACAAAAGAACAUCAAUAACGGAUCACCGCAAUCGAAAGCUGUUCUAAUCGAAAGCAGCUACCCAUUGUGCAAUCUUGUCUCAAAAUAUUCAACAUAUUUAAAUACAAUUAAGUGUACACUUGAGAAACCAGCAUAGUGACAUUAUUAUCCGCCCUGGACAUAAACAUUUAUUAAAAGGUAGUAAAAUCACAUGAUGUAAUAGUAAGACUAAUAGUAAUCCUCUCCUCAACAAAAAAGGAACAUUGGGGUAUGUUCUAAGAUGAAUAAAUAUAGAACGCAACUAAACAUGGUAAAAAACUAGACAAAUUCCAGUUGCAUAUAGACUUGCGUGGGAGAAUACAGGUGAGAUCACCAUUCAAUAACAGCAUAAUAUUUCAAUAAUUGACAAUAAAUGACAGUUCAUUGUAAAAUUCAUUAGUUCUA